CGAAGGUUAAACGAGAAAGGGCAUAGACAUAGACAUACAGGGUCGACAGCUAAGAGAACACUCACUCACCGGAAAACAAAUCUCCCUCUCUAGUUUCUUCUCCGUAAUUUCCUUUCACUCCAUCGCAUCGCAUCGCAUCGCAUCGCAGCGUUUCAGUUCACAGGAUGAGUUCAUCUUCCGAUGCUUUUCCAGCAAUCCAGGAAAUUAUGCUGGAGUUCCGUGCUGGUAAAAUGUCUCUUGAAGGAAAGAGGGUUGUUCCCGAUACCCGCAAAGGACUCGUUCGUAUUGCUAGGGGUGAGGAAGGACUAGUUCAUUUUCAGUGGCUCGAUCGCACACUAAAUGUUAUUGAAGAUGAUCAGAUAAUAUUUCCCAAUGAGGCUGUUUUUGAGAAGGUUAAUCAAGCAUCUGGAAGGGUUUACAUAUUGAAGUUCAAUACUGAUGAUAGAAAGUUCUUCUUCUGGAUGCAGGAAUCAAACGCUGACAAUGACUCACAACUGUGUAGCUCUGUGAAUGAUUACAUCAACAGACAACUAGACUUUCUUGGUGAAGAAGAGCUUAACGGAGAUCUCCCACUUCAAGUUUCUGAAGAUAUGGCUGAGGAUGACAUCUCAUCUAGAGCUGCAAACUUAUUUGCCCCAAACUUGGGUGUGGAAGCAACUAGUGAUGUCACAUCUUCUGGUCCGGUUAGACUGGAAGAUCUCCAAAGAAUAUUGGGUAACAUUGGGUCUGCAGAUAGUAUUAUUGACCCUGAUGGAGGUUUGGGACUUGGUGAUAUAUUGAAGCCUGACCUGAUAAUGCCAUUGAUGGAGAUGUUAUCAUUGGAGCAGCAUUUAGCUCCCUAUUUACCUGAGGGUAAGUGGUCUCCAGAAGAUAUAUUGGAGUUAUUGCAGAGCCCACCUUUCCGUCAGCAAGUAGAUUCAUUUACUUAUGUACUUAAAACAGGACAGAUAGAUUUGUCUCAGUUUGGGAUUGAUCCAAGUAAAUACAAGUUCACAGUUUUGUCUUUUCUCGAGGCUCUUGAGGACUCUGUGUUGAAGUCGGUGGAGCCUGAGGAAUCCAGGCAAGAUGAUUUGAGAUCUCAAUCUUGUAAUCGCCAUGACCCAAUGGAUGAAUCUAAGUAGCGUGGCCUUCCAGCAUCUUUCUUUUUUGUAUAAGAUACAUGAAACCUGUUUUUUCUCUAACAUUUCUGCUUGAAAAAUUAAAGUUAAAGAGGAAGAAAAAGUUAUUGAUUUUCCUAAGAUCUUUUAAGGCUAGAGUUAAUUGAAUUAUUAAUAAAGUUCAAGCCAUCUGCUGUUCCCUCUUUUCAAGUUUCGAAAUGUUUUCACGAUUUGUAAUCUGUAGAAAUACAGUAUAUAUAUGGGCUCUGAAGCGCAUAUGGUGUUAUGAA